UCUCCCGUGGGCUGUAGGCGCUCCCAGAACGACAGACAGGCAGUUUUCUCUGCGAGGAUAGCGCAGCUGACAGUCUGGCUGUGGCAAAGCGCGUCCUGCUCCUGGUCUCGCCACCACGUAGCCUGCAGUCUCCGGGCAUUUCGGCUCUGCGCCCCUGCUUGCAAUGCUGCCUUGGCUUGGUCGGAAAACCAAAGCAGUGCGCACGCUGCUUGGAUAUCAGAAGUCACCGUAGGCAGAGGAAGUCGGAAUCCCACAGAUCUCCAACUAGUGCAAGUGGAAUUACUGAUUGCAGCUGUUGCAGCCGCUCUAUGGAUAGUCUACUGCACAAUUCUUAUCCGCGAAACUAAACUUGGAAGGGAGAAGAUUGUGGAAUUUACGGAACACUGAUUUUGCCCACUUGGAUGUAACAGAUUAUUCAUAGCUUUACUUUCCCCUUUCCCUCUCCCUAACCUUCAACAUGACUUCUCUCUCUGGGCACAAAGAGAAGUCUGGGACUAGGAGUCGCAAAUAUGGGAUGACAGAUACCUCCCCGACCAAAUCUGCAUCUUUUUCUCCGGAGACCUGGUACCGGAAAGCGUACGAGGAGUCGAGGACCGGGAGCCGCCCGGCCCCUGAGGGAGCGGGCUCAAUGCCCGGUUCGUCUGGAACACCUUCGCCUGGAUCUGGUACAUCCUCUCCCGGGUCUUUCUCGGGCUCACCGGGCACCAUAUCCCCAGGAAUCGGGACCGGUUCGCCGGGCUCUUUGGGCGGAUCCCCAGGAUUCGGCACUGGGUCCCCGGGUUCUGGAAGUGGAAGCUCACCGGGUUCGGAUCGCGGAAUAUGGUGCGAAAACUGCAAUGCGCGGCUGGUGGAGCUGAAGCGACAAGCUCUGAAGCUGCUUAUCCCUGGACCGUAUUCCAGCAAGAUAACGGAGCUAUAG